AUAAGCAAAUAUGUGUAAACAAGUAGCUCUCUGACUCUUGCUUCAUGUGGACUAGAGUUUCGACUUCUUGCAGCAGGCGAGCGUGAGAGACAGACAAAGAGACAGUCCGAUGGUUUAAUGCUGAAGACACAAACAAGCUGACAGGCAGACAGGUAGGUCGACAGGCAGGUUCAGGUGACAAUGAUCUGACAGCUGACUGGGGAACGGCGGCUGGUUGCAGGGCAGGUGAGGAAGUCUGAAGGCAUCUGAACAGAGUGAAGACGUCCAGCAGGACAAAACAAUGAUCCAAAAGAGACUCAUUCAGUUUUUAUUCUUGGUUGUUCUCAUAUUACUGAUCUUUCUCGAUGUUGAUUUGAGGCACCUCGCAUUCACCUGGAUUCCCAAGAUAAUCAGCAACGCUACAGGUGCUUCCCAGGUUUCUGAGAUCGAGAACAUCUCAACGCCUGAGCCACCAACGCCGGUUCCUUAUGUGUCUCCGGGGCUGUACUUAGUGGAAUACCCCUACAAGUACCGCUUCCUAAUAAAUGAGCCAAAGAAAUGUGAGGAGCAGAAGCCGUUCCUGGUUCUGAUGGUCCCUGUGGCACCCCACAACAGGGCACAUCGUCACAUCAUCCGCAGCACCUGGGGAGGCGAGAGCUCGGUACAGGGCAAAGUGGUGAAGCUGUUCUUCCUGCUGGGGCUGCAGGCCGGAGAGGGAGCAGAGCGGCUCCAAGGGCAGCUGCUGCAGGAGAGCAAAGAGCAUCAAGACCUGAUCCAGAGCGACUUCCUGGACUGCUACAAGAACCUGACCAUCAAAACCAUGGUGAUGCUGGAGUGGCUGGACUCCCACUGCUCCGGCGCCUCUUAUGCCAUGAAGAUCGACUCAGACAUGUUUCUGAAUGUGCCCAAUCUCGUCGGCAUGCUGGUAAACGCUCCAAAGACAAACUACAUGACGGGACUCGUGGCGAGAGGCAGCGCAGUGCUGAGAGAUAGAAAGUCUAAGUGGUACGUACCUGUGGAGAUUUACUCUCACUCACAGUACCCACGUUACGCUCUGGGUCUGGGCUACGUCCUGUCUCUAGACCUCCCUAAAAAGCUGGUGGAGGCAUCCAGACACGUUAAAGCUCUUUACAUUGAAGACGUGUAUUUGGGGUUGUGUAUGGAGUACUUGGGCAUCCCUCCCACCGACCCCCCGAGCUGGGGUUACUUUAACGUCUUUCCUGUGCCGUACAGCCGCUGCGGGUACUCCAGGCUAAUAGCCACCACGACACCGGAAAAUAAUGUUAAUCCUUUAUGGGUUUGGAAAGACUUUAAAAGACCUGGUCUGCACUGCGUUAACGGACAGAUUCACACCUAACCUGUUCAGACUCUGGGAAUCCGAUACGGUGAACAUUGAACACUUUAAGGACAUUAAAGUUACUAGAAUCAAUAAAAUAAACAGCUCUGCAUUGCUUUAGAAAACGAAACACCUGCAUCGAAGCUGUUUCUUUAUGUUUUACAUAAUAAAGUAUAAAAUAAUCUCA